GAAACAUGCGAGAUGUCCGCUAAAAUGGCGUCAGUCUUGUAACUGGCUGUAAACAAACAUAUACAGCAUAAUAAAUAUUACUUUGAUAUUAUGACUUAAUGACCUGGUGAGAUAUUUUUUAAACAUCAGAAAAAGGUAUAAAUAUUUUAAAAUAUAUUUUAAUAAAAAAUUAGGGCUAUUAAAAUUACUGUUUUCAUUCUACUUAGAAAUCUUUGAUCUGAUGACUCAAUAAAAAAAUUCAAUAAUAAUGUCAAUAUUUGUUUGUUUUAGUUGUGACUUGCGAUCAAUCAUGACAAUCGAUCAUUUAAAAUUUACAUUUGACAUUCAGAGUCAUCUUAUGCUAUGAUUGUGGUUAUAGUGAUUCUUUUUUCUAUUUCGUAAAAUGAAACCUUAGGCAGGCUUACAGGACUGGACUUGGUUUAAAUUUAAAACUACUUAAAAUUAAUUUGCAUUUUAGGUAACAGUAAAUGUGCAGUUAUUGGCAUGGGUUUUGCAAAGAGUUGUCUCACCCCACGUGCAGUGAGGUCACUGCACUUGGAGAAACCCAAUACUAGACUUAGGAUGACUGAACCAAUAGUUGGACCUGAACGAUCAGAAUGAUAACUUUCCCAUUCUUCAAUGAGCAUUAUUUACGUCAAAAACAUAAAGUGAUGAUAGUCGAUAGAUACAGAUACAGUUGGUAUGAAAUAAAUUAAAAUAAAAUUUUCCCUUCACCGAAGGUUUUUUUGAAAAUUCAACUUACAAAGUUCAAAAGAAAUAAAAUAAGAACCUUAUCCUUCCUGAAAACCCAAGAUGAACACCAGAAAAAAAGUCGUUAAAAGUAAAAGUUUUGUAUUUUUAUUUGUUGAACAAUGUGAAUGACUGGAAAUGUGAGUCAACCAGUGUCGACCUGUCGAUACUUCCAUUUUAAUAGACAAUUUAUUUAUUUAAAUUUUUGGGUAAUAUUCAGGUAGGUUAAGAGGUAAUAUAUAUAUCUAUAUAUUAGUUUAAGUUUCGAUGUCAUUAUAGGGUAAAUUUAGGAGGUUUUUUUUGGUAAUUUGACUAAUUUUGAACUUGUGUUGUUUUUUUCCAACCCAUAUUUUCACUAAUAAACUAAUUUGUUUUCCUUAAAAAAAAAAUGGAAAUUUCAUUAAUAAUUGACAAUUUUUAAAAUAUAAAAUAUUUGCGCAGUGAGUUAGUCUAUAUCAUUAUUCUUAACAUAAAAAAAAUGUUAAUUUUUUAUUAUUUUGAAUGACUCUUUUAUUCCACCCAUUAUCUCUCACCAGAAAUCUUAUUUUAUAUCUUCUAACUAUUCUGACUUGAGUGUAAAGAGCAAGAAAAAUAAUUAACUUAUUAUUUGACAGCAUUUUGUUAGUGAACCAUGCAUAAAUGUAGCUUACUUGCAAUAAAAGUUAAAUGUCAUAUCAAAAUAACCAAUGUUAAGCAAUUUUUAAUUGCUUCCAUUUGAUCAAAUAAAAUAUUAUUUUGCUGUUCUUUAUGAUCAUUGCAACAACUGUCUAUUAAUGAUUUUUUUUUUAUUCUUCCAAAUCAAAUUAAGGAAUUUUAGCAUUAUUUUGUCUUCUAAUGUCUUAUACCAACUGAAAUAAUGUCCACAUCAUCUGCCAAGGGUUGGUCUUAUCUUCAAGAAAAACAAGGUAAGUUCAAUAUAACUGGAGAAGGGUGAUUUGGUUUCUAAUAGUUUAGGUUAAAUACAAAGUAUAAUAUUUUUAAAAUCCAGCUUUUUGGGAGGGGGUGGUGCACCAAAGACUGUAAUGAAACAUUUCUUGAUAUUAGAAAGCAUUUAAAAGCAGGUCAUAUUAAAUUAAAAGUUGAGUAAAUUACAGAGCAAUUUUGUUUGUAAUGUAGAGCACUCUGGAAUUUCAACCCUCUUCCCCUCCUCAAGUUGUUUGUGUUUUAUGCUUCUUCAAAACUGUAUGUGUCUUUGCCUCCCCCCCCCCUCCCCAUGGGUACCCCUACUUUUAUGCAUAUAUUUUUAAUAAGUCCUAAAUAUCAACAAUUUUUUUCCUCCAGAUCAAGCAUAUUCAUUUUGUAUCAUUAAGUGUUUUUUGGAUUCUCUCACUUUAGAAAUUAAACCAGCCACUUUGAUUCCAUCCUCAAUACAAAACUCAGCUCUGACACUGAAAAUCUUUCUUUUUUCAAAUAUUUAAACAAAACCUUUCAUCAAGAUUCAUGAAUUCCUCAAAUUAAAAAUUUAGCAUGUUUAUAAUCAUAAGAAAUACUAAUUGAACAGCAAGACUUUGUUAUGAACCGGGAACUGCCAAAUUCGAUAUCUUUUUUGUUGAGGGUUACUUUUUUGUCGAGGGUUACAAUAAUUUUAAACAAACCCAUUGAUUCAUAUAAGAAACGUCUCUUUAUUGAAUAUAUAAACUGCUCAUGACAUCCAACCCUUCAGCACGGCUAUCGUUCCAUAACACCAACUCGCACAUUAUUUCCCUUACCCAAAUAAAUCACACAAUAUGUACAUAUUUACAGCUACCCCAUAUAUUCUUUACACAAAACAUAUUUUCCAUACCAAACAUUCACGUCCAUAAAUAAAGUUCACAGUAAACUUAUCUCAUUUCCUUUUCUAAAUCAUUUAUGUUGUCGUUUGAACAUAACAAGAGAUGGCUGAUCAAACUAUUUUCAUUUAUCUUCUAGGAUUCUCUUGGGAUCAGUAUCUGAAAGAUAAUGAGGCUAAAGCAGCCCCGACCACAUGUUUUAAACAGGUUUGAAAUAUGUUAUUUUAAUUUCCUUAAAGGAUUUUUACAUCAUUGAGUAUACAUUUUUUCAUUCUCUAAUGAUGACAAACAUAUUCGAACCUGAUUGUGGGUAAACCCAUUUGAUCAGCAUGGAGAUACUCAAUAUUCCAUUACUCAUUAGUUUAAGUCUGAAGAGUGUGAAAGCUGUAAAUAAUGCAAUUUGGUUUUAUAAAAUUUAACCAAGAAGUCCCAUUUUUGUCUCUCCAUUAAAAAACGUAUAAUCUUAUUCAGGCUUCCACACCUCCCUCCAAUGAAUUUAGCAAAUCAAUGAAAUUAGAGGCUAAUGAUCCACGAAAUAAUACAUCCAGCUGCAUAGCCACGGUCAUAGAUAUGCAAGGACCACGACUCCGUCUGCGAUUGGAUGGCAGUGAUGACAAAAAUGACUUUUGGCGCUUGGUUGAUUCUGGAGAUUUGCAUCCAGUUGGCUAUUGUGAGCAGCACAAAGGACUUCUACAACCACCUUUAGGUAUACAAUUCUUAUCACUGAAUCAAUUGAGCAAAACAUUUGUAAAGUUGAAUUAAUUUUUCACAGAAUCCAUUGAGGAUAAUGUAAAUAAAGUUUCAUUUUUACUGUUAUAAAAAUAAUUAUUGAUUUCAGGUUUUCGUAUGAACUCAUCCAGCUGGCCAGGUUUUCUUCAAAGAACUUUAAAUGGUGCACAGCUUGCUCCAGAACAUUGCUUUAAGAAAGUGGGUUUCAUUUAAACACAGAUUCUAGCUUUUAUAUGUCUACUUCUAGAAAAACUAAAAUUUUAUAAUUUUUAAAAAAUCAGUUCAGUUAAUAUUUUGUAAUAUUGUAUUAAAUAUUUCAAGAGCAUGUUUUUUUGGUAGAAGGCAUGAAUGGUAUUUUUUUUUAAAAUAAAUAAAACUGUCUGUAAAUACACAGGAGCCACCUACUCCAUUGCGUAACAAUUUUCAAGUUGGGCAGAAGCUGGAGGCAGUAGAUCGCAAAAAUCCCGCCCUCAUUUGUCCUGCAACUAUUGGUGCCGUCAAUGAUGACCAGAUACAUGUCACUUUUGAUGGUUGGCGAGGUGCUUUUGAUUACUGGUGUCGUUAUGAUUCAAGAGACAUAUUCCCUGUAGGGUGGUGUGAGAGCAGUGGUCAUCCACUCCAAAGUCCGGGUGUUAAAGGUUUGUCAGGCUUUCUGUUUAUCUGGUCAAACUGAUUUAAAUCACUUCAUUAACGUUACAAGCUAUGCAUAAGAUUCUAUGAAGCAAUUUUGAUUUAUUUUCGAUACACCAUAACAUGAGUUGUGUAACUUAGUUAAAUACUGAAUUAUGUGGUAUAGUUAUGUGCUUUGGUGCUUCACUACAUUAAGUCAUGUGCUUGACCACAAUUAAGGUCAUGUGGUUCUCUCCAUUAAGUCAUGUGCUUUACUACAUUAAGUCAUGUGUUUCACUACAUUAAGUCGUGUGUUUCAGUACAUUAAGUCAUGGGCUUCACUGCAUUAAGUCUGAUACAAAUCAUAUUAAAUUAACUAAUUUAGUGAAUUCUUUUUCUUAAAACUCUUGUGUCAUACAGCAAAGACCCUCAAAAUGUCUCGAGACAAUGAGCUCAGUGUCAAUGUAGGAAGUGGAUACAGUGGAAGCCCAUCAGUCAGUCCACCAAACUCACAAGCCAGCCCUCUGACUCCCAGCUCGGGUGAUCUCAGCCGAAUGUCUCCACAUGAGAGCACCGUGACCAGCUCGGAACCUGACACAACUGGCGGCGCUGACUCGGAUAAAGGUUUGCUAUAAAAGCAUCUUUUAUGGAGAGGCGUUAAAUGUUAUCUAUUUUAAGGCUUGGUUUGAAAUGAACUGAAAUUGGAUUCUCAAGGAUAAAUCUGAUUAUCCUUGAUUAAUAUGAUGGCCUAUCGUGAGUUACAGCUUGUAUACGUAUUCAUUUAGGUGGUAAUUUGAAAUUUUUUGAUUGACUUAAUUUUUUAAAAUGUUUAAACAUAAAACUAAUCAAAUUGACUGUUGUGGAAAAAAAAAUGAUCAUUUGUUUUAAGUCUUAAAAUUAAAAGUAGGUUGCUAGAGUUCUUAAAAUAAGGAGUAGAUUACUAGAGUUCUUAAAAUAAAGAGCAGGUUGCUAGAGUUCUUCUUUGGUUACUUUUUAUGUAAUUAAAAAUUGUUAACAGAUUAGCUAGAGCAACAGUUGUUAUUAUGUUUACUCUAUUGAGACAUACUUUAUUCUUGUCCAGUAUGUGUUUAUGUAAAUGCCCACUGCAACUGUGGCAGUCUUCUGUCACCUCGGAGAAUAAACGAACACAUGCCCAGCCAGUUUGGUCCAGGGUUCAUUAGCAGGGUACUGAGAGACCUGGUGGAUGCCUGCAUUGAAUGUGCAGUGCAGCAGAUACAAGUUUUUGAUCUCCUCAAGAUGGCAGCACAGGGCACAGGCAAAAUCACUGUUACAGGUAGAUGCCGGUUAUCAUGGGAGUAUAUUUGUGUAUUUCUCUUAAGUAUUGCUCAAUCCUCAUGUUUAAGUUUCCUUAUGUUGAAUUAGUUAAUCCUCAUGUUGAAUUAGUUCAUCCUCAUGUUGAAUUAGUUCAUCCUCCUCAUGUUGAAUUGUUCAUCCUCCUCAUGUUGAAUUGUUCAUCCUCAUCAAAGUUUAAUUAGUUCAUCCUCAUUUUGAAUUAGUUCAUUGAAUUAGUUCAUCCUCCUCAAAGUUGAAUUAGUUCAUCCUCCUCAAAGUUGAAUUAGUUCACCCUCCUCUAAGUUGAAUUAGUUCAUCCACCUCAUGUUGAAGUAUUAUUUCCCUAUGUUGAAGGUUGCUGAUUGUCUUUAGAUUGAGAGAGGAUUCACUGACAAAAUAUUAACAAAUUGAAUAAAGGGUUCAAUGAUCACUAAGCUUAGGUUAAAUCUUUGAUUAAUGAGUUAGUGAUUGGGGCACUAAUAUAAAUAGCUGUGCCUGGGUUAAAUCUUUGAUUAGUAUGGUUGUGAUUGGGUCACUAAUAUAAAUGAUCAAUAUACCUAGGUUAAAUAUUUGAUAAGUAUGAUGGUCAUUGGAUCACUAGUCUAAACUAGAGCAUGGCAAAAGCUGAAGGUGAAUGGUAUUGUCUUAGAGAUGACCCAAUCUCAAGUUCAGGAGAGAAAAUAUUCAAAGCUUUUCUCCAGACAAUGCCGUCCAAUCGGGAAUUAAUGAAGAUAAAUUAACAUUUUUUUGUCAACAAAACUAACAUCCUUCCUGUCUUUUUGUCUUGCAAGACUCACUAAACGCAAUACAAUGGCAUCAAAAACAUCUCUCAUAAUUCUCACUCUACAUAUUAAAUAAAAGUUCUUUGUCGAAGUAAUUCAAUAAUUUUAAGUUUGAAUGAAGAAUAAUAUUGUAUUCGAACUUCUUACAUGUCCUCCUCUUAGCUACAGACAACAGCAAAACGGUGACAAAAAGAAUUGUGUCGUAUGACAAGGCGUCGGAGUUCAUCCAGUUCUUGGAAGGAUUCAGGGAAAGUCUCGGCUGUUGUGAAAAUUUCCUGACAACAAAUUCACUUGUGCGACAGUGUAACAGAUGCAGCAACAGCAGGUCAAGGACGACCGGGAAACGACAAGGCAAGAUUAAGGGUUUAACUUUCUUAACACUUACUAAAUUAUAUGAUACAGGUGUAAACCCACACUGGACUAGUGAUACAGGUGUAAACCCACUGUUACGCACUGACUUGUAUUGGGAGAAAUUAAUCUCCUAUUUGAAUUUUUAUUUGGCUCGUUGUAAACAGUGCCUAACAAAGGUCGAUACCAUAGAGUCAACAAUAUUAAAGAUACGACCCAAAACAGUUUCUAGUUACAAUUAAUUAAGAUUUAUUAUGACUUAAGAUAAUUACAAAAGUAAAGAAAAAUAUAAUUACAAAUCUUCAACUUACAGUAUGGUAGAUCUUAUACCGGUACACAGUUAACACAGUUAGAAUAAUGUGCCAAUAAAUAAUGCGAAAUAAACACAUAUGAGCAUACAAAUACACAAAGAAUAAAACACGCCUCGUAAUGUUAAGAAAAUUUAUCUGAAAAUCUGCCUCCUCGUCCGUGCCUGUCAAUCCCUUAUAUAGGUGGGUCUACCGACGCCUAAGCCCUGCCUUCGAGCAGCUACACAGCAUUUCUAGAAAAAUCCCAUUUAUUCUACAAAAUACUAUUUGGAACAGAUUAAUUAUUUUUAGUGGUUGGCGGUGUAAACAAGAAUACUUCAAAGGCCUAAGCCACACCCCUUUGUGAACACAGCGUCUCAUGCGGGGUCAAUCAGAGGGCACGCACGAGAAAUAUUAUGUAAACAGGCUCUCUAUAACACCCACACUGGACUAGUGAUACAGGUGUAAACCCACACUGGACUAGUGAUACAGGUGUAAACCCACACUGGACUAGUGAUACAGGUGUAAACCCACACUGGACUAGUGAUACAGGUGUAAACCCACAUUGGACUAGUGAUACAGGUGUAAACCCACACUGGACUAGUGAUACAGGUGUAAUCCCACAUUGGACUAGUCAUACAGGUGUAAACCCACAUUGGACUAGUAAUACAGGUGUAAUCCCACAUUGGACUAGUCAUACAGGUGUAAACCCACAUUGGACUAGUGAUACAGGCAUAAACCCACAUUGGACUAGUGAUACAGGCAUAAACCCACAUUGGACUAGUAAUACAGGUGUAAUCCCACAUUGGACUAGUAAUACAGGCAUAAACCCACAUUGGACUAGUGAUACAGGUGUAAACCCACAUUGGACUAGUGAUACAUGAGUAAACCUACACUGGACUAGUGAUACAGGUGUAAACCCACAUUGGACUAGUGAUACAGGUGUAAACCCACAUUGGACUAGUGCUACAGGUGUAAACCCACAUUGGACUAGUGCUACAGAUGUAAACCUACACCAGCCUAAUGAUACAGCCGUUACUCACAGUGGCCUAGUGAUAAAAGUCUUUAUGAGAUGGAACACUGAUUUGUAAAGGUUUUAAAUAUUGAUUGGCCUCCCUUUGGUCUCACUACUUUCACAGUUUCAGUUUAAAGUCUUGCAUUUGUUAUUAGCUGCCCAUUGUUGUAUUUAUUUUAUUUUAGAUUAAAUGGAAAGAAGGAAAUAUAGGUUCUAGCUUUGGAAUAAGUAAUUCAUCUCUGAAAUGAAAUGAGCAUAACCUUUUCCAUUUAAAGUUUUUUAACAAAUCUAUGAAAGAUAUUUUAAUGUGAACUUAUUUUUGGCUAUUAUGCUUUGGCUCGUGGCUCUGAAAGAUAUUUUAAUUUGACCCUAUUUUUGGCUAUUAUGUGUUGGCUCGUGGCUAUGAAAGACAUUUUAAUGUGACCCUAUUUUUGGCUAUUAUGUGUUGGCUCGUGGCAAUGAAAGAUAUUUUAAUGUGACCCUAUUUUUGGCUAUUAUGUGUAGGCUCUUGGCUGGCUGACUCAGAGGAAGACAGCUACCAUCCUCCUAAGUCUGUGAGAAGACGCUGGUCUACAGAAUCUUCAGAAAGUUCCAGAGGAGGGAGCAAAGUGUCUAAAAGUAACAUGAUCAAACAUCACUCCAACUUUGAAGCUGGUAAGAAAAUAAGGAAUAAUUCCAAUGUAAAGGGACUGCAUUCUUGAGGCAUUUUCUGUGUAUUGUGCACCUUAAAAAUAUUAUUUUUAAAAUUAACUAGAACAGGGUUCCCACGCAGUCGGGAAAACAGGAAAUGGUCGGGAAUUCAUUGAAUAAGUUUCCUGGUCGUGAAAACCUGGAACAUGAGACUUCUAGUAAGGACAUUUUCUGGCUAGUCUGGAAUUUUUAAAUCGUAAAAAAAUAAUAAUAAGUUUGGAUUUCAUGAAAAUCGGCGUUGAUCGCAGAUCUGGUCUAUUUUUAGCCUUUAAAAUGGACUUUGCCAAAAUGCCAGUGGUUUCCCCUUAACUGCGCAUGCGUUGUGAUCGAAACUUUUAUUCACACCGUACUACUUUGAUAGACCAGUAAUAUUUAUUUUCUGUUCAGUUUGUCAAUCAAGAGAUGUUUGGGUAAGUAAAGUGCAAAAUAUAAAUAAUCACUAUUUGAAUCUAGUUUUAAUUGUGAGGUAGCCAUUAUAAAUAGAAAACCACUCGCGUGGUCUAGAAUGUAUAAGCUUAGUGUACUUCGUUAUUUCUUAGUAAGUCUUAGUCUUAAAAAGUUAAAGGAGUUGAUCUUUAGCGGUUUUACAGUAUCUAGGCGUAAAUUAAAAAUAUCACCGCUAUGGCUAAUUCGAAUUAGCAAUUCAAUAAUAGUAGUUACUAUCCUAGUGUCUCAUUUGUAUUUACUUAGUUUACAUGUUUUAAUAACUGUAAAGCGCUUAGAGCUUUAUGAUAAGCGCUAUAUAAAAAUGCCUAAAUAAAUAAAUAAAUAAAUAAUAGAAGCUUUUAGCUUUUUAAUAAUUUUAAUAUUAAUAAUAAUAAUAAUAGUGGUAGUUCUUCCCCAUGACCAAAGUGGAGGAAUUAGAUUUUUAAAUGCAGGCCUUCAUAUCUACAACAAAAACACUGCAGUGGUUUUUUUUUAUUAGAGUUAGGCCUUCUAAAUUUAAAUAGUGAUUUUGUGAUAGUAUUUUUCGUAGUGUAGUUUACUAGUUUAAGUUUACUUUACGGCUGACUUCGGAACUUCAUUUAAAAGUUAUUACAACUAGUUGAUUUGAUACACCCAUUCAGUGAGCCUGACAUAAUUGUAUAUCGUUAGUCUUUAUUUAUAGUUAGGCACUCCUGUGCUCUGGGUAUACUUUUUACUUGACAGUAUUAUUAUAAUUAUAUUUGCAUCAACACAGUGGCGUGUACGCAAGGGUUGUUUAGUUUUUUUUCCUUGAUCCUGAGACUAUGUGAUACGCCUAUCUUAGUAUCUCUUCUGAUUGUGUAUUACCGUACCGGUAGUUUAGCAUGAUUAUAAUAUAGUCUAUAUGAUGUUUGCAUUACUACAAAUUAUAAACCUUAUAUGAAAACAUAUUUUAUUUUGUAUCUCUGUUCAGGAUCUAGGCCCAAUAAAAUAAUGCCCAACAGUUCCUUUAAAGACUGAUGGUCAGACAGCAAUCAUGAUAAUGAUUAAACAAGUCAUCACUGCUACACUAUGCGAGAAAUAUUGAUAUCAAGUAUUCUAGGGGAAAUGUUUAAAAUUGUCAAUAAUCUGAUGAGACUUCAUCUGUCUAGUUCACCUUCAGCUUUAUCACCUAUAUUAGGUGUCCACUUCUGCAACUUCUCAGUCAAGCUCCCGAUUUAUGUGUCAAAACAUGAAACCCUGAGUGGAGAGAUUUUAUAGGCACUAAAGUGUGUUAACUCAAACUCUCCAUUUUCAGCACAAAAAGAAAACAUGACCUCCAUAUAAUAAAAAAUGCUUUCGACUUGUGGUGGCCAUACAUAUGUUCAUCACAAGAAGACAACAUGAACUCCAUAUAAUAAAAGAUGCUUUCAACUUGUGGUAGCAAUACAUAUGUUCUAAAAUGCCCUGAAAAACAAAUUGCAGUAGUUUCCCUUGCACUUCAACAUCAACAAUUUUUCAAGUCUAAGUAAAUUGAACACUUGCAAUUGCUAGGAGAUUUAAUAAAUAUUUACAUGUAUACACCUUAUUGCUUAAUUUAUUGUUUCAUUUGUGUUGUAUUUCAAUGUUGCUUAUUUUUUGACAAUUUCAUGGUUGUUUUUAUAUUAUCAGCAAAAACACUGCAUUGCAAAAGUCAGGAAUUUUGUUUGUUUUCAGUUGAGAAAAGUUGGGAAAAAGAAGGGAAUUUUGUUUUAAUAAAAAAAAAAAAAAAGAGUUGGAACCAUACUAGCAGCUUCUAAUUGGGUUAAAAGAGACAAGAUCAAGAAUUGAUCUGGAUGAAGAGUUUAAAGAUUAAUUUAUUUUUUCAUUUGUGUUUUAUUUCAAUGUUGCUUAUUUUUUGACAAUUUCAUGGUUUUUUUUAUAUUAUCAGCAAAAACACUGCAUUGCAAAAGUCAGGAAUUUUGUUUGUUUUCAGUUGAGAAAAGUUGGGAAAAAGAAGGGAAUUUUGUUUUAAUAAAAAAAAAAAAAAGAGUUGGAACCAUGCUAGCAGCUUCUAAUUGGGUUAAAAGAGACAAGAUCAAGAAUUGAUCUGGAUGAAGAGUUUAAAGGGUGGAUCCAAAGCAUGAUCAAUGUUUGAGGUCAGAUAUUGGAGUGAACUAGGAAGGAAAUCUGAGAAUGAGUUCUCACUGGAGAGGGAUUGUUUUUUCCCCACUGUUUAUUGCAUAUCUUUAUUUUUUUUGUUUCUAAAAUGACAAAUUGUUGUGUGUUUUCAGCCAGUUCAACUACUGGUGAAACUACCGUCCAACCCCCAGCUCUAGCAGCAUCAACACGACUGACAGAUCCUUCUGAGUGGAGUGUUGAGGAAGUCAUGGCUCACAUUAAAGAGACUGACAUUGGCCUCACUUCUUAUGUCGAACAUUUUAGGAAACAUGUAUGUUUUUCAAUUGGUCAGAAAUAGAUGGAAAACUUUGUUGGACGUAUGGUUUACACACUCUGCUAGGAAUCUUGGUUAUAUUCUUUCUAACAACAUGUCUCUCGAUAAACACAUAUCUCACAUUUGUCAUUCAGCAUACACCACUAUCCGUCAGAUCAGCUCCUCACAGUUAGCGCUACAAAAACUCUUAGUCUGUGCUCUUGUUCUCUCUCGUCUUGACUAUUGCAACUCUCUUCUGUCAGGUUCACCAAAACACUGCAUAGAAAAACUGCAGAAAGUUCAAAAUUCAGCUGCUAAGCUAGUUUUAAAGGCAAAAAAACGUGAUCACGUCACUCCACUACUCCAUUCCCUUCAUUGGCUACCUAUACAGGCACGCAUCGACUACAAGUUGUCUGUUCUCUGUCACAACUUUUUCUUGGAUUCCUGCCCUUCCUAUCUAACAGAACUUCUUUCUGUCUAUUCACCCCUUCGACAGCUUUGCUCCUCUGCAGACACGCAUAUUCUGUCCGUUCCCAAGACACACACUAAAACAUUUGGUGAACGAUCUUUCUCUUUCUGCGCCCCCAAACAAUGGAAUUCUUCGCCACUACACAUACGCAAUAUACCAACCACCUAGGCCUUCAAAACUGCACUCAACACAUAUCUUUUUAAAUUAUGCUACCCUGACUGAUUCCCCUCCUCUGACGGAUAAACGAUCUUGCUGGUUGCCGUCCAUGGUUUGCCUUGUAAAAGUUAUGUGGUGGGGUGGGUGAAUAUGCAUUGCUGUUCUUUAUUUCAUAAAGGUAUUUUAUUUUAUUUUCAUGAUUAUGUCUCUUUUGAUAAAAAAUUUUAUGUACAGUGCGGUGAGCCCAGCCCUAGGCUGGGGUACCGCGGUAUAUAAGACCUCUUAUUAUUAUUAUUAUUAUUAUUCUAUAUGUGGGAUAUUUCAAUUAUACAUAUAAAAGGCAAUCAAUCUGGCCCCCAGAGCCUGACGAGAACUUCAUACGAGCCGCCGUCAAAAAGAAGAUUGCCUACCCCUGGUGUAUAAAAUUUUUUUGUUGCUCUGACAUCAACUUCUAAUUUAUAAAUAUCUAAUUAUGUCAAACAACCAAGUUCUAUAAAUAUCUAAUUAUGUCAAACAACCAAGAGCUAUAAAUAUCUAAUUAUGUCAAGCAACCAUGUUCUAUAAAUAUCUAAUUAUGUCAAACAACCAAGUUCUAUGCAUAUCUAAUUAUGUCAAACAACCAAGAUCUAUAAAUAUCCAAUUAUGUCAAGCAAGCUUUGUCUCUCCUUUAAAUUAGACUAAUGCAAGGCACGUGUAUGUUUCAGGAAAUUGAUGGAAAAGCGUUCCUGCUGUUAAAGAGUGAAAUGAUGUUGAAGUACAUGGGACUCAAGCUUGGACCAGUUGUCAAACUGUGCAAUAUCAUUGACAAACUCAAAGCUCGCUGCAACAAAUGAGAUCAUCUUGACUCUACAGUUGAUCAUCGACAAAAGCGCACAUAUUAAUAGAUUUUUAAUUGUAUCAUAUAAUUAUCAAAUUUGGACCAAAGGGGUCCCUUUUGUUUUUCUUGAGACAUUUUCUUUUGAUCAAGCUUAAGUUUGGCAACACGUCUGUUUAGAAUCUGUGUAUAUUCAUCAGAUGAUUUUAGGAGUAACGGGUAUAGCAUCAUUUAUUGGGGGUCAUCUUUCUGUUGAGGAUGAAAUGCAAUAACUGUUACACUCUUCCCAAUCCACAAUUGCAUAAAGAUUUAGUGGAACCACCUCUUGCUUACUCUUUAUUUCAACUGUUUUGGGUUGUCGUCUGUUUAAUCAUUUUUAAAACGCUUUGAUAAAAUUGCUUUGCAAUAUUUUAGUCUUUUCUUUGGCAGAUGCAAAUAUUUUAUUUUCAACUGAAUGGCUUGCAUUUAUUUAUUGACUUUAGUUAUGAUCCAUUGAAUCCUAUUUGGUGCCUUGAACUGUUGCUGUAGUGAUGUGCGUAUGCUUGUCAACUAGAUAGAUUAAAGUAAAAUAGAAAUAGAUUUUGUUACCUUGUAACAGUAACAGUAUUAGAUUAUGCAAUUAAUUUGAAGAUUGUGGAAAAAAGAUUUUCUUUUAGUAACCCGGUAUUGAUGACCAAGGAUGCUGCAUUGAAAAGCUUUUAAAAUAUGUUGAACAUCAUUUUAGUUAACCUUUAGAAUUUAGAAAGUAUUGGCUACUACAUGUUUUGUGAUGUGUGUUAUGUCUGACUGCAUUAAACCUGAGUGAUUCUUUUGACUAGCCUGGGUGGCCGGUAUGAAGAAGAGCUGACUUAAGCUAUGCACUGUCAUCAUUGAUGACAUGGUGUGACGCUAGCCCACGCCUAGUACUAUGGCACUGUGUCAACCACUGCUGCACUUUGAUGUGCACUACAAGCACAGUAGAACAUUUGAUCUUGGGUGGGUUGGUAACAUUUUCAUUCCUGGACUCACCAACUUUUCUUUUGGUUGACAACGUGGGUGUCAUCACAGUUGUUCCCCCUGGGCCGAUCUACCCACAGUUGUUAACCCUGAGCCGUUCUAUCAGUCGUUUCAAAUUGCUAUGACUCAGAUUGCUGCUCUGUCCUGUUUGGGGUUUUAAAAAACAAAGCAAAAACUAUGGGUGCUGAAUGAUGACAGUAUCAAAGUUCUGGCUCUCAGUUUUAAAGCUUAUCACAGGUUCUUUCAAACUAAUAAACCCUUUUUCAUUUUUACCCAAUUUAUAAUAUUUUUUAAAAAGAGAUUUUACAAAAUUCCAAAGUUGAUCAGGCAUAAAAUGUAAAAACAUUUUUAGUUGAGAACUUUACAGUUUUAACUCCACUUUUAAGUAUGUGUCCUGUCUCAAGACCUGCUUGUAAUCUCACUGAUCUCUGUGUUCUUUCAUCAUUGGCACUGCACAUGACGCAAUCAAUUCUCAUUCAUAAACUCUGCGUGAGUUUAUUACUUUUUUUUUUUUAACCCAUUUUCCUCUAAUUUGUAAUCAAGACUUCGUUAACAUGUCUACAAUGGUGCUAAGGCCAGCAACGAAAUCAUUGUCCUUUUGGUCUGUUCCCUGGUUCUUGCAAUAGAUCAGACUGAAGGUUUAACAUUUGAUUGCAAGUAUCACAAGGAAAUAUCACCAGAGUUUCUAUUUUCUUUUAGUUGACUUGACAUAUCUUAAUUACUUAAUAAUUUAUUUUUGUUUAAAUCUCAUUAAUUUUAUUCAGAGAAGCUGCAAAACUCUUGAUCGUAGCAAUACAGAAAAUAUUUAAUGGACAAGUCAAUAGAUACUAAUGGAGGAAUUUUUGCUGGCAUCCGUCCGUCACAAUGUGACGAUGGAGUGGGCUUCGGAGGACAAAAUCCACAUGGCCUGGGAUUAUACUUCAAGGAUUAUAAGCUGGUUCCCAACAGCAAAUCGC